AUGAAAUUCUGUAUCAAUACUGAAGAUUUUUCAUCAAAAUUUGCUGUUCUUGAUGAUGAAGGUUUACAACGUUAUUCAGUUAAAAAUGAAAUGGAUUCAGUUAUGAGAAAAUUAACCAUAUUUGAUCUUGCUGAUAAUAUUGUAUGUACAGUCGAAAAAAAAUUUUUUGCAUUACGUCCAACAUAUGCUGUUUAUAAUAAGCAUCAACAAUUAGUUUUAAAUAUACGUAAAAAAUUAAAUUUAUUACAUCAACAAUUUACAAUCGUAUCAGAACUUGAGGAAGUUAAAUUUCAUACUAUUGGAGACUACUUCGGUUCAAAUUUUUCAAUAAUAGGUAGUGAUGAACAAGAUAUUAUAGCGAAAAUCACGCGUAAUAAUGGUUAUACGAUUGAAGUCUGUAAUGAUGAACAUGAUGUGUUAGCUUUAAUUGCUGUUGUUAUUAUAAUACAUUUAUGUUGUCAUUAUACUAAAGAUGAAUAA